CACCAUCUCCAUCACAUAUACAUCCCAACCUCCAACCUCUACAAUUUAUACAAGCACUCAAAAUGACCGACCUCCUAACCCUCCACACCUACUUCCGCUCCUCCUGCUCCGCGCGUCUCCGCAUCGCCCUAAAUCUAAAAUCCCUCCCCUACACCUCCAUCCCCAUCAACCUCCUCAAAGACGAACAACACGACCCGCUCAACAAAUCCCUAAACCCCUCCGCCAGCGUCCCUGUCCUCAUCAUCCAAUCCUCAUCCCCCAACCCAUCGGACCCGUCCCACCAACAACAACAACAACAACCACCACCAAUUAUAAUCCCCCAAUCCCUCGCCGCCCUCGAAUACCUCGAAGAAGCCUACCCCUCCUCCCACCCUCUCCUCCCACCCCCAUCCUCCCCCGAAACCCGAGCCCUAGUCCGCACCCUCGUGAACAUCAUAGCCUGCGACGUGCAACCCGUCACGAACCUGCGAAUCCUAAAGCGGGUCGCGAAGCUAGGCAUGGAUCGAACAACCUGGUCAAAGGAACUAGUGGAGGAGGGGUUUCGCGCGUAUGAGGAGAUUGUGAGGCAGUGUGCGGGGACGUAUAGUGUGGGUGAUUGCAUUACGUUGGCGGAUGUGUGUCUCGUGCCGGCGGUUUGGGGGGCCGAGAGGGUGGGGGUUGAGAUGGGGGGGUUUCCGACUAUUUUGAGGGUUUGGGGGAAUUUGGAGGGCUUGGAGGCCGUGAGGAGGGCGCAUUGGAGGAGGCAGGGGGAUACG